GUGGCUGGAAAAGCAAAGAAAAAGGUGGAAAUGAAAAGAGAAAGCAGCACGUGCCCUUCUUCAAGCUUUUCUCCUAUGCAGAUUCAACAGAUAUUAUUUUGAUGAUUGUGGGAACAGCUGGAGCAGUGGCAACUGGGGCCACUAUGCCUCUUGCUGCGGUGAUAAUGGGAAACAUGACUCAUGCUUUUGGAGCAGAUACAGAUAUCAGUCAUGUGAUUCAUGAUGUUUCCGAGGUUUGUCUUCAGUAUGUCUACUUGGCAAUUUGGGCAGUGGUUGCAUCAUUUCUUCAGUUGGCUUGCUGGAUGAUCACUGGAGAAAGACAGGCAACAAGAAUAAGGAAGUUAUACUUAAAUGCUUUAUUAAACCAAGAGAUUGCAUUCUUUGACAAUCAAAUAAGUACAGGAGAAGUUGUAGAGAGGAUGUCAGGGGACACCAUCCUUAUCCAGGAUGCCAUGGGUGAAAAGGUUGGUAAAUACAUUCAGCUGACGUCAAAGUUCUUCAUUGGUUUCACAGUUGCAUUUAUUAAAGGUUGGCUUCUCACCUUAGUCAUGAUUUCCACUAUCCCUCCUAUUUUGUUAUGCAAUGCUUUCAUGUCAAAAAUUACAAUCAAGAUUGCUUCAAGUGGACAAAAGGCCAAUACAGAAGCAUCUAUAAUUAUACAACAAACAGUCAGCUCAAUUAGAACUGUAGCUUCAUUUACUGGGGAGAAUGUAUCAGUGAAUAAGUUUGAAAAGGCACUAGAGAAUGCCUAUAGAUCAACCAUUUACGAGGGCAUUGUUGUUGGAUUGAGCAAUGGUAUGGCAUUGAUUUUGUCAUAUAGUGCACUUGCUUUAGGCUUUUGGUAUGGAGCAAAAUUGAUACUGGAUAAAAGCUACACUGGUGGAGAAAUCAUUAGUGUUAUAUUUGCCGUCAUAUUUGCUUCAAACUCUAUUGAAGAGGCAACUCGAUGCAUGACAUCAUUUGCUGAGGGCCAAGUUGCUGCACAUAGGAUUUUUCAGAUCAUCAAUAGAAAACCAAAGAUUAAUGCUUCAGACAUAGCAGGAACAAAAUUGGAUGUUAUACAUGGGGACAUAGAAUUUAAAGACGUUUACUUCAGUUAUCCAUCCAGACCCAAAGACAACAUUUUAACAGGAUUGUCAAUUUUCAUUCAUGGCGGCACAACUGUAGCAUUGAUCGGAGAGAGUGGAAGUGGAAAAUCAACGAUAAUCAGCUUGAUUGAAAGGUUUUAUGACCCACAAGAUGGUGAGGUUCUCAUUGAUGGUAUCAAUAUAAAAAAAUUUCACCUUAGAUGGCUCAGGCAAAAAAUUGGGCUAGUUAGCCAGGAGCCUAUUCUCUUUGCAUCGUCAAUUAGAGAUAAUAUUUCAUAUGGAAAGAAUGAUGCAACUAUUGAAGAGAUCAAAGUUGCCACUCAGUUAGCUAAUGCUUCAAGGUUCAUCAAUAUGUUGCCUCAGGGACUAGAUACUAUGGUUGGUGAGCAUGGUACUCAAUUAUCAGGAGGACAAAAGCAAAGGAUAGCCAUUGCAAGAGCUAUUUUGAAGGACCCAAGAAUAUUGCUAUUAGAUGAAGCCACUAGUGCGCUUGAUGUGGAAUCAGAACAAGUAGUACAAGAGGCACUUGAUAGAGUCAUGACAAAUCGCACUACUGUUAUAAUAGCUCAUCGCCUAACCACUGUGAGAAAUUCAGAUUCUAUAAUAGUUAUGAACCAAGGUUCAAUUCUUGAAAAGGGUUCUCACUCUGAGUUAAUAAAGGACCAAAAUAGUGCUUACAGCCAGCUCACUCAAACACAACUAAUUGAGGAAUCAAUAGAUAAGGAUGGAGUUCAUUAUCAAGCUAUUGGAGACAAUAACAAAACUGCUGGAGAAAUAGGUGUCUACCAACAUCAACCAUUAAAAAGCCCCCUUAGUAUAAAAUCGUCUUUUGAGCCUUCCAGCCACAGUUUAAUUUACGUUGGGCCUACUUUGCCUGAAAGAGAUGAUUUGCAAGAAAGAGCACCAGGGAAAUCAAAAGCUGAUUUCCACUUGAAACAAUCAAAAAAAGUACCUCUCCGUCGCCUCGCCUAUCUUAACAAGGAAGAGAUCCCAAUUUUGCUUGCUGGAUCAAUGGCUGCUAUUAUCAAUGGGCUCAAGAGUCCCAUGAGAGCAUUAAUGACAUCUACUUUCAUCACAAUUUUUUAUUCGUCGCCAGAUAAGAUUAAGAGAGAUUCAAUAAUAUGGUCAGCUACAUACUUGGCAUUUGGUGUGGCUAAUCUAGUGGCAAUUCCAAUAAGAUCAUACUUAUUUGCAGUUGCUGGGGCCAGUUUGAUUAGAAGAGUUAGAUUGAUGGCAUUCAAAAAAGUUGUCAAUAUGGAAAUAGCAUGGUUUGAUGAUACUGAGAACUCCAGUGGAGCAAUUGGUUCAAAGCUUUCCUCAGAUGCGGCUACCUUAAAAAGUAUUGUUGGCGAUUCACUGGCUCUACUUGUUCAAAAUACAACCACCUUAAUUGGUGGCUUGACACUUGCUUUGCUUGCUAGCUGGCAGCUUUCGCUCAUUGUCUUGGCGUUGCUACCCUUUAUAAGCCUCAAAGGAUGCAUUAGAAUGAAUUCUAGGAAAGGAUUCAGUGCUGAUGCAAAGAUGAUGUAUGAAGAAGCAAACCAGGUGGCUAAUGAUGCUCUGAGAAACAUAAGGACAGUUGCUUCAUUCUCGGCUGAAGAAAAGAUAAUGGAGCUAUACAAUAAGAGGUGUAAAGCACCUAUUAGUGCUGGAAUUAAACAUGGAUCUACUAGUGGACUAACUUUUGCAGUUUCCUUCCCUUUAACAUUUUGUAUCAAUGCUGCCAUCUUUUAUGCUGGGGCUCGCCUUAUCAAUAAUGGAAGCAUAACAUUUGGACAAGUUUAUCAGGUUUUUUAUGCCGUUCUCAUGACAACUAAUGAAGUUUCUAUAUCAAGAUCCUAUCAACCUGACCUCAAUAAAGCUAAAUAUGUUGCAGCUUCUAUUUUUACAGCUCUUGAUCGUAAAUCUAAAAUAGAUCCAAGCAACGAUUCUGGAUUGACCUUAGAAAUGAUCAAGGGUAACAUUGAGUUCCAACAUGUUAGUUUCAAAUACCCCACAAGGCCAGAUGUCGAAGUUUUUCGUGACAUAUGCUUGUCUAUUCAAUCUGGAAAGGUUAUUGCAUUUGUCGGGGAGAGUGGAAGUGGAAAAUCUACUGCUAUAGCAUUGCUACAGAGGUUUUAUGACCCUACUUCAGGCCAUAUAUUGCUAGACGAAACAGAUAUACAGAAGUUUCAGUUACGAUGGUUAAGACAACAGAUGGGAUUGGUGAGCCAAGAACCAAUUUUGUUUGAUGAUACUAUUCAUGCCAACAUUGCAUAUGGAAAGGAAGGGAGGGCAAAUGAGACAGAGAUUAUAGCUGCAGCAGAGUUAGCAAAUGCCCACAAAUUCAUAUCAAGUUUGAAUCAGGGAUAUCAAACUGUGGUGGGAGAGCGAGGGAUUCAACUAUCUGGUGGACAGAAACAAAGAGUAGCAAUUGCACGUGCUAUAGUAAAACAACCAAAGAUUUUGCUCCUAGAUGAAGCAACUAGUGCACUGGACAUGGAAUCCGAACGAAUUGUUCAAGAUGCAUUAAAUCACGUGAUGGUGAAUCGAACGACAUUGGUCAUUGCUCAUCGACUAGCCACAAUAAAUAAUGCAGAUCAUAUUGCGGUAAUUAAAGAUGGAGUGAUAGUAGAACAAGGAAAACAUGAAACCCUUGUCAACAUUAAUAAUGGUGUAUAUGCCUCCAUGAUAGCACUUAAUUCAACUAUCUCCUCAUAGUUUCAUUCCUAUUAUGAAUUGCUAUUGCCAAUUUGAAAGUGGU